UUCAUUCAGCUCCAAGCCUCCAGCAAUCCUCAGAAUUUGUUGUGCAUCGAACUCUCAUGGGCUUCUAGACUACGUAAUCUUUUCGUUGAGCUCUAAAAUGUCCGGCCGCAGAGGUGGAAAUCGCAUUCGCGGACCACAGUCCGCUCUGACAGAUUUCUUGGCUGCGAACAAUAUCUCUGCCCAACAGAUUCGUGAUGAUUAUCAGCGAAGGCGUGCUCAGGUUGAACAGGACGCGGAAAAUGAGAACCAGAACGCCGCAGAUCGCUCCGGACAAAAUGAAGACGACGAAGAAAUUGACGAGGAGGAGCAAGCAGCUGUCGAAGAGAUGAUUGCGCGAUCGCGUAGGAGAAGGAAAGCGGUGCAAGAAGAAGCUAUUAGCAAAAUCAAGAGCAAGAAAGACAAGUAUCGUAAGGACAAAGCGAAGGCAGGCAAUUCGAAUGAUGAAUCUGAGCUCAGCGAUCUCGACAAUGACCUUGCUGCCGAAUUUGGAGGUUACAAGAAGGCUGUCAAGUUGCCUGGCCAGCUUGCGAACUGCGAGUUGUGCGACAAGCGCUUCACUGUCACACCAUACUCUAAAACUGGACCUGAUGGCGGUUUGCUAUGCACUCCGUGUGGUAAAGAGCUCGGGAAAGAAGCUGAGAAGGCGAAGAAGGAGCAAAAGCGGAAAGCGGGACCCGUCGGACGCAAAAGAAGAAAGAUAGAGAGCAACAGGCUUGACGGCAACAUCACUCUUGGUGCGAAAACACUUCAGCAACUGUGUGUUGAGCAGGCUUCCAAAUAUGCAGAUGACGUUGAUGACCUAGGCGAUAUGCCUGAACGACAGAUGAAGCGGCUAAGUGAGAUCUUUACGAAGAAAAGAGUGAUGAGACCCAAGACAUUUGCACUCUUCUUGCGGCCUGAAAAUGAGCAAAUUACUGUCCAUGACUGCGCAUAUCUAGACCACGAGGACUUUGUCCGCAUGUUUGCAACUUCCCCCAAACUUCAGAAACUGGUCCUUGACAACGCCUGUCAAUUCAAGAAUCAAACUAUGGAAUACAUGAUUGAGAAGAAUUCGAACAUCCGCUGGCUCCAUCUUUAUGCGGCAAACCUUAUUAAUAAUGAGACUUGGGAGAAGUACUUCAACGAGCGCGGAAGUAUUCUUGAAUGUCUGCAACUCUCAGAUCUUGAUGCCUUCUUUCAAGACAGCCACGUUCAGCUUCUUGCUUCCAAGUGUCCGAACUUAGCACGCCUGAAACUGAAGCGGUGCAGAAGUCUGACAACUAACUGUCUCGAGAGCAUCAGUCAAUUGAAGGGCCUCAAACAUUUGUCAUUGCAGUUUAGCACUGGUGUUUCCACACCAAAUGAAGCUCUUUCACAGCUUAUCAUUUCUCUUGGACCUCAACUUCGCACUCUCAGUCUUCAAGAUUUUCUCGACGCGGAUGACGCCGUUCUUGAAACGCUGGCCACACACAGCGGAAAUAUCGAAAAAUUGCGCAUAAGUACCAACGACACAAUUACCGAUGCUGCCUGGGCAAGGUUUUUCAGUGAUUGGAAUAAUCCACCCUUACGUUUCAUUGACGUGAGCAGGACCCGGGACGUGGACAACAACAACCCUGACGGCCCUCUGGACGUACCCAUUGGUCUAGGCGAGCAAGGCUUCACUGCGAUGAUGAAACAUUCUGGCUCGAAACUUCAAUACCUGCAUAUUACGUCCUGUCGACACAUACCUUACGGCACUCUCAUUUCCAUUUUUGACGGCAAGAAUCAGUACCCCGAACUCCUCGAGGUGGACAUGUCCUUCGUAUCGAAUGUGGAUACGUUGGUUCUGGCUGGUCUGUUCAAGAGCGCACCCAAGCUGAGGAAGGUCGUUGCCUUUGGCUGCUUCGGGAUCGAGGAUGUAGUGGUACCACAAAAUGUCGUGGUGAUUGGUGUACCACGAGCACAAGAUGCGAUUGAGAAAUUCGGCGUCGCAGGGUUGGAUGUGGAGGGGGCUUUGGGAGCGUUGCUGGCCAAGGCCACGGCGGCGAUGGAUGUCGACGUCGCUGCUUGAAGCUAUUUUUUACAUUGAGAAGUGAGAGCAAAGAGGGAAAUGUCAAUGCUGCUUAAAGCAGCAACGAGACUGCACGACCUAUACAUCAGUUUGAUCCACGGCGGGAGAGAACUACUCCCAUACAUGUCUUCUGUCGAUUUGGGAGGAUCGUGUAAGACCUCAAUUUUAACCAUGGCUAAUGUAUCUGGGCAUAUCUCGUGACGACAGCAAUGCUAAAUUUUUG